AUGGACGACCUCAGGUCACACCUGCCGCCGCUGAUAGUUCAUAAUGACGUCAGGGACAACCUCGCAGUCGAGUACGCCGAGGCGUGGAAGUACCCUAUAUUCAAGACGACAUUUGCUACGCUGAGCGACGAAAGUCAGCAAUUCCUGGACAUCGGCUGCGGCACGGGAGAUUUCACGCAAAAGUGGAUUUUGCCUUCAUGUGAGCCAUGCAAGAGGAUCGUGGCUGUCGAUGCAUCAGCAAGCAUGCUCAAGUUUGCUAAAGAGAAAUACGCACACGAGAGGAUUGUGUACGAUUACCUUGACAUAGACGAAGACGUGACGGAGUUUUCAAAGAAAUACGGCAGCUUCCAGCGAGUGUACUCCUUCAAGACGCUGCACUGGUCCAGAGACCUUCGCAGCUCUUUGGCCGGUAUCGCUCAACUUCUGGUGCCUGGUGGCGAGUGUCUCCUGUUUUUUCAUGCAAGGAGCUUCCUGUUCGAGUCCUUCAAGGAACUGAGUCGCCUCGAGCCUUGGUCAAGAUAUGCUGGCGUAAGAGUUGCCGUCUUACGGCGUUCUUCAACUAUCUCUUUAUUUCCAUUGUCCUCCUACUACUUGCAUUAA